AAGUCAUCAAUGGCGGAUUCGUCUCAAAAGAAAAUCAGAAGAAACGCAAUAACACAUAAAGCUUGGAGUCUCGUGAAGAUGGCUCUUCUAUGGGGAAGAAAAGGUGGAGUUUUCAAAAGAUGGCCAUUGUUCGAACUACGUAGCUUGUUCUCCAAGCAUCUCAAAGCCCUAGCUCAUCAUCAUAGCAACGGUGACCGUUACUACGGAGAACGCCAGCUUUCCUUUGAUGAAACGCCGUUAUUUAACGUCAAGAAGAAGAUUCAUCGUCCUAAUACGUCUAUGAGGCUCCUCCUCCUUCCCUGCAUUGCUCCUCCAUUAGAUCUUGACUAUGACUUUGAAAUGGAUGGUCAAGAUUAUUCCGAUGAGGUAAAUUCGUACGGUUACGAUGAAUCUUAUUCGGAAGAAGAGAAAGGGGUGGAUGUGAGAGCAGAGGAGUUCAUUGCUAAGUUCUAUGAGCAGAUCAAGUUGCAGAGACAAAACGAAGGAGAGAUGGAGCAAACGGGAGAUGAGUUUAUGGAGGCGAUACUGUACGUUAAUGGUGUUCGUAGAGUGUUGCCUCAUGGCUUGGCUCAUAUGACUCUUCUUGAAUAUCUCAGAGAUUUAGGUCUUACCGGGACAAAGCUGGGGUGCGGCGAAGGUGGUUGUGGGGCUUGCACGGUGAUGGUCUCUUCCUAUGACAGAGAAUUAAACAGAUGCGUGCAUUAUGCUGUCAAUGCUUGUUUAGCACCUCUCUAUUCUGUAGAAGGAAUGCAUGUAAUAUCCAUUGAGGGAGUUGGUCAUCGCAAACUUGGCUUGCACCCACUUCAGGAGUCUUUGGCAUCUUCUCAUGGUUCCCAGUGUGGGUUUUGUACUCCUGGGUUUAUCAUGUCGAUGUAUGCGUUACUUAGAUCAAAUAAAAACUCACCUUGUGAAGAAGAGAUUGAAGAAUGUCUUGCGGGAAAUUUAUGUCGUUGUACUGGUUACAGACCGAUUGUUGAUGCCUUUCGAGUUUUUGCCAAAACUAAUGAUGCUUUAUACAGUGGUUUAUCUUCACUUAGCCUUCAAGAUGGUUUAAGUAUCUGCCCAUCUACUGGCAAGCCCUGUUCAUGUGGAUCAACAACAACAAAUGAAGCGGCCACUUGUAACGACGCUAGAUUUCAGCCUAUCUCAUAUAGUGAUAUAGAUGGAGCUAAGUAUACAGAAAAGGAGCUUAUAUUCCCCCCUGAGCUUUUAAUGAGGAAAUUAGCUCCUUUAAAGCUGAGAGGAAAGGGAGGGCUUAUCUGGUACAGACCCGUAAGACUUCAGUACUUGCUUGAUCUCAAAGCAAAACAUCCGGAUGCAAAACUAGUGGUAGGUAAUACGGAGGUGGGAAUCGAAAUGAGAUUGAAGAAGUUACAGUAUCGGGUGCUAAUAUCUGUGGCUCAAGUCCCAGAACUCAACACAGUGAAUGUCAAUGACAAUGGAGUAGAGGUUGGUUCUGCGCUGAGACUUUCUGAACUCCUGAGACUAUUCAGGACGGUUGUAAAGGAGCGUCCUGCACAUGAAACAUCAGCUUGUAAGGCUUUUAUUGAACAAUUGAAGUGGUUUGCUGGGACACAAAUAAGGAAUGUUGCUUGCAUUGGUGGAAACAUCUGUACAGCUAGUCCAAUAUCUGAUUUAAAUCCUCUUUGGAUGGCUUCAAGAGCAGAAUUUCGGAUAAUCAACUGCAAUGGAGAUAUUAGGUCCAUACCUGCAAAAGAUUUCUUCCGUGGUUAUCGUAAAGUGGAUAUGGAAAGCAAUGAAAUCUUGUUGUCAGUAUUCCUACCAUGGACAAGGCCUUUGGAGUAUGUGAAAGAAUUUAAACAAGCCCACCGUAGGGAUGAUGAUAUAGCUAUUGUCAAUGGUGGAAUGCGUGUAUUUCUUGAAGAGAGAGGUCAAGAAUUGUGUGUUUCUGACGUAACGAUUGCUUUUGGUGGUGUGGGCGAGGUUUCUCUGUGUGCCAGAAAGACUGAGGAAUUUCUAAUCGGAAAGAAUUGGAAUAGAGGUCUUCUGCAAGAUUCGUUGAAGGUCAUACAAAGCGAUGUAUUAAUUAAGGAAGAUUCUCCUGGUGGAAUGGUGGAGUUCCGGAAAUCUCUAACCCUAAGCUUCUUCUUUAAAUUUUUCUUAUGGGUUUCUCAUCAUAUACAUGAUAUAAAGCCAACUAUAGAGACCUUCCCAUCCUCCCAUAUGUCAGCUAUGCAAUCUUUUUCUCGGCAAUGUAGAAUUGGAAGACAAGACUAUGAGACCGUAAAACAGGGAACAUCUAUUGGCUUGCCGGAAGUCCAUCUUUCAGCGAGAAUGCAGGUCACAGGAGAGGCAGAAUAUACUGAUGAUACCCCAGUGCCUCCUAAUACCUUGCAUGCUGCCUUAGUGCUAAGCCAAAUGCCACAUGCCCGCAUACUUUCAAUUGACGAUUCCGAUACCAAAUAUUCGCCUGGUUUUGCUGGUCUAUUUCUUGCUAAAGAUGUUCCCGCAGAUAAUAUGAUUGGACCAGUUGUUGCUGAUGAGGAAUUAUUUGCCACGGACGUGGUCACCUGUGUAGGACAAGUCAUUGGUGUGGUUGUUGCUGAUACACAUGAAAAUGCAAAAACCGCGGCAGGAAAAGUUAAAGUAGAGUAUGAAGAAUUACCAGCGAUAUUAUCAAUCAAGGAGGCUAUUGAUGCUAAAAGUUUCCACCCGAACACAGAAAAAAGGUUAACAAAAGGGGAUGUAGAGCUAUGCUUUCGAUCAGGUAACUGUGAUAGGAUAAUAGAGGGCGAGGUUCAAAUGGGUGGUCAGGAACACUUUUACAUGGAACCUCAUGGUAGCUUAGUUUGGACAAUUGAUGGAGGCAACGAAGUUCAUAUGCUCUCAUCCACUCAAGAUCCUCAUAGGCACCAGAACUAUGUUUCUCGUGUGCUCGGUCUGCCAAUGUCUAAAGUGGUAUGCAAAACCAAACGAAUUGGUGGUGGCUUUGGUGGUAAGGAAACGAGAUCGGGCUUCAUAGCUGCUGCAGCUUCUGUUCCUUCCUACCUGCUGAAUCGACCUGUGAAACUCAUACUGGACAGAGAUGUGGACAUGAUGAUAUCUGGUCAUCGUCAUAGUUUUAUUGGAAAGUACAAGGUAGGAUUUACGAAUGAAGGAAAAAUAUUGGCGUAUGACCUUGAAAUCUACAACAAUGGUGGAAACUCUUUGGAUCUUUCCUCUGCUAUUCUCAAAAUUGCCAUGUUUCACUCGGAUAAUGUUUACGAGAUCCCACAUGUGAGGAUCACAGGGAGCGUUUGCUUUACUAAUUUUCCUAGCAACACUGCUUUCCGAGGGUUUGGAGGGCCUCAAGGUAUGCUUAUAACUGAAAAUUGGAUUCAGCGAAUCGCAGCUGAACUUGAUAGAAGCCCUGAAGAAAUCAAAGAGAUGAACUUUCAAGUGGAAGGUUCUAUGACACAUUACUCUCAGUAUCUUCAGCAUUGCACACUGCAUCAGCUGUGGAAGGAGCUGAAAGUAUCCUGCAACUUUCUAAAGGCUCGUAGCGAAGUCAACGAGUUUAAUAGUCAUAAUCGGUGGAAAAAGCGUGGUGUGGCUAUGAUUCCCACAAAAUUUGGCGUAUCAUUUACCAAAAAAUUCAUGAACCAGGCUGGUGCUCUUGUUCAUGUUUACACAGACGGUACUGUUUUGGUGACACAUGGAGGCGUGGAAAUGGGUCAAGGAUUGCAUACAAAGGUUGCCCAAGUUGCCGCAUCUGCCUUUAACAUUCCCCUUAGUUCGGUUUUUGUGUCAGAGACGAGUACCGACAAGGUUCCAAAUGCGUCACCAACUGCUGCUUCUGUGAGCUCUGACAUGUACGGUGCUGCAGUUUUGGAUGCUUGUGAGCAGAUCAAAGCACAAAUGGAGCCUGUUGCAUCUAAGCUCAAUACCAACUCUUUUGCUGAGCUGGCAGGCGCGUGCUAUUUUCAACGCAUAGACCUCUCUGCUCACGGUUUUCACAUCGUUCCCGAUAUUGGCUAUGACUGGAUAUCUGGAAAAGGGAACCCAUUUAGGUAUUAUACAUAUGGAGCCGCAUUUGCUGAAGUUGAGAUCGAUACAUUGACUGGUGAUUUUCAGACAAGAACGGUUGAUAUAAUAUUGGACCUCGGAUAUUCUCUUAACCCAGCCAUCGAUAUUGGACAAAUAGAAGGAGCAUUCGUACAAGGGCUAGGUUGGGUAGCUUUAGAAGAACUCAAAUGGGGAGAUGCAGCUCAUAAAUGGAUUAAACCGGGAAAUCUACUCACUUGCGGACCUGGAAACUACAAAAUACCUACCAUUAACGACAUUCCAUUCAACUUCAAGGUUUCUCUUCUCAAGGGGAAUCCAAAUUCAAAGGGGAUACAUUCAUCAAAAGCAGUUGGUGAGCCUCCGUUCUUUCUAGCAUCAUCGGUCUUCUUUGCGAUUAAAGAUGCAAUCAGAGCGGCUAGAGCCGAGAUGGGUCUUAGCAACAAAUGGUUCCCACUGGACACUCCUGCGACUCCAGAGCGUAUCAGGAUGGCUUGUUUCGACGAGUUUACUUCUCCUUUUUAUACGACAAUGGAUUCUGAGGGAGUGUUAAUGCCGUUGGUCCACGAACAUCUUAUGAUGCCUUGGAAUGAUCUAAGGAAAGGUGAUUGCUGUGGACUCUUGGAAGCUAUUAGUACUGGCUAUUAUUGCAAAAGCUGCGAUUUUUUCGUCCACAAGAAAUGUGGUGAGUCCUCCGAAUUUAUCAAACACCCAUCUCACCCCGAUCACACUCUUCAGCUUCGAAGUGAAGGAUGUAAUAACUGCAAUUUAUGUGGAAGGCGCAUCAGUGACUUAUUCUAUCGUUGUGAUCUCUGUGACUUCGAUGUGGAUCUAUACUGUGCCAAGUACCCACCACCAGAGGUUCUUGACAUUCCCGAGACGCAUCACCACAAGCUCAACCUUCACAAGGAGCUGAUCGAGUUCAACUGUGAUGCUAAAUGUGGGAAGAUUACUGGUGCUGAGUUUCCUUACGGAGUGUUACUACCGGUUUUUCACGAGCAUCUAAUGAUGCCUUGGAAUGAUCUGAGGAAAGGAGAUUGUUGUCAAAGCUUGGAAUCUGACACUGACGGCUUCUAUUGCAAAAGCUGCGAUUUUUUUGUACACAAGAAAUGUGGCGAGUCCUUCGAAUUCAUCAAACACCCAUCUCACCCCGAUUACAGUCUUGAGCUUCGAAGUCAUCCUAUAGAAAGUUGCAAUUUAUGUGGAAGGUGGGAAGACGACAACACAAUACAACAUUUCAGCCACAAAGAGCAUUACCUAAGACUCCACGUUAAUGGUGUUCUUUGUGACGACAACAAGCGGUGCAGAGCAUGCACCCAUCCCAUCUGUCUCCAGUCCUUCUACAGCUGUAUGGAUUGUGACUUCAUUCUCCACCAAAACUGCGCUGGGUUUCUUAGAAUGAAAUGGCAUGUGCUACACAAUGAACGUCUUACUUUAGUUACUAACGAGACUAAAGUCUUUUGGUGUGAUGCUUGUAGUAGAAUUUCCAAUGGUUUCAGGUACCAGCAUGGGAACAUGACAUUCGAUGUUUGGUGCGGCUCAAUUUCUGAGCCGUUUGUCCAUCCAAGUCAUUCCGAUCAUCCCUUAUAUUACACUUUACCAGAUGGAGAGAUUUCUUGCAAUGGCUGCAACCAGAGUUGUUAUUAUGUGCUAAGGUGCAUUGAAGAUGAUUGUAGAUUUUCCUUAUGUUUCAAAUGCGCCACUAUUCCACAAGUGGUAAAGCAUAGAGUUGACGAUCAUCCUCUCUCACUAUGCUAUGGCGAAAAGGCUAGUGGUAAAUUCUGGUGUGACAUUUGUGAAAGAGAAACCAAUCCAGAGACAUGGUUCUACACGUGUAAAGACCACCGGGCUAGUUUGCAUACAAAGUGUGUGCUCGGAGACUGUUCACAGAUCAUGCCCAAAAGCACAAUUAAGAGUUGGGUCAGAUCUUUUGAGGUGGUGCUCAAUAAUAGUAUAUCUCGUCCAUAUUGCUACUGGUGCCAGUUGCGUUGCAUUUUUCCAAACAUCUUGAAGACGGUUGGAACCUCAGAUGAAUACUAUUGCUCUUUAAGAUGCUUGCAAAAGAGGGAGUCAGUAUCGGGUGUAGAAGAAGCCAGACUGUUAAAGCGCAAACUGAAAUAAAAAGCAUGUGAAACCAGGUUUUUCUUUUAGAUUUCUUUGCAUAUUUAUUUCCAUUUAUGAGUUGAUUUCCUUGAUGUAUUAUUAUUAUCUAAGAAUCUUGCAAUCUUUAUUUGAAAUGACUUACAUGUUUCUAAUGUAUUCAGCCUUUCGAUUUCUUCAGAAUCUUGCGAUAAAAUUGAAAGAACACA